CUCUGCGCCUCUGUCCCCUCCCCAGGCGCAUGUUCCCCUUCCUCAGCUUCAACCUGUCGGGGCUCAACCCCGUGGCCCACUACAGCGUGUGCGUGGACGUGGUGCUGGUGGACCAGCACCACUGGCGCUACCAGGGCGGCAAGUGGGUGCAGUGCGGGAAAGCCGAGGGCAACAUGCCAGGGAACCGCCUCUACCUGCACCCGGACUCGCCCAACACGGGCGCGCACUGGAUGCGGCAGGAGGUUUCCUUCGGGAAGCUCAAGCUCACCAACAACAAGGGCGCGUCCAACAACGUCGGGCAGAUGAUCGUGCUGCAGUCGCUGCACAAGUACCAGCCCCGGCUGCACGUAACGGAGGUGAAGGAAGGGGAGGGGGAGGACGGGUACCCCUCCCCGCACACCCACACCUUCGCCUUCCCCGAGACGCAGUUCAUCGCCGUCACAGCCUACCAGAACGCCGACAUCACGCAGCUGAAGAUCGACCACAACCCCUUCGCCAAAGGAUUCCGGGACAACUUUGACUCGAUGUACACGGCCUCGGAGAGCGACCGCCUCACCCCGUCCCCGCCGGAGGGUCCCGGCUGCCAGCAGCUCCUGCCAGCGCCCCGCUUCCAGCCCUUCCUGCCCGAGCAGUACCCGCUGCCCCCCGCGCGCUUCUUCGGGGGGGAGCGGGGGGCUCCCCCUCUGUCCCUGCCCCCCAAAGACCCCCCCCACUGGUACUUCCCCCCGCAGCAGCCCCCCGCCGCCGGGACGCUGGAGUACGGCGGCUACGACGGGGGCUACGGGGGGGGCAAACUGGUGCCCUACGGGGUGAAACCCUUCGCCCUGCCGCCCGCCCCGCACCCCCCCCUGCCCUACUACCCCGAGGGACCGGGGGGCUUCGGGGUGACGGGGGGCUGGAGCCCCGGGCAGUACGGCCCCAAGGGCGGCGCCGGGGCUCUGGGCUGGUACCGGGAGCCCCGCGAGGAGAAGGGCAAGGAGGUGGAGGGCUGGGCCCCCGAGCCCCCCGCCCCCGCCUCGGGGGACUCGUCGGACUCGGGGCUGUACGAGUGCAAGCGGCGGCGGGUGUCCCCGUACCCGUCCAGCGCCGAGAGCUCCCCCCCGCCCGCAACGGCGACCUCUACGACAAGGACCCGCUCACCGACGGGGGCUACUACGGCUUCUACGGCAACUGAGCCCCCGCCCCGGGCACCGCGAGGGGUCCUGUGCGCCCACCACCCUCCCCCCUCGCUAUUUAACACCCAUAUCCUGGGCAGACUCGAGCGGGAGGAGGGGGGGGGACCCAGCCAGACAAUCAGCCCCCGUUUUGUUUAA